CAUUACAGUGUAGUACAUAUAAAUAACUUGUUAACUCCCUUACCUCCUUCUCUCUCUCUUUCUUUCUUUCUUUUCUCUCUCUCCUAAUAUUAUAAUACGAACUUAUUAAUCAAUAUAUUUAUAUAUUUAUUCGUAUUUCAUGUUUAAUUCUUCUCAGUCCUUUUUUAAUAUUAAUAAAAAGAAAACAACAAGCGCAGCAAGUAUUAAGAGUACUGCUGCUUUUAGUAUGGCAAGACAAAAGAGAAUUCGUUUAAUGAUGAAGCAACAUAAUUUACCUGAUUUCGAAACAAAAGUAUUUUGUGAGUACUGUGAAAAAUAUAUUGAAACCAGAAUUAGAUAUCGAAAUGGGAGUAUGGUUUGGUUAACAUCAUUCAUAUUGUAUGUAAUGACAUGUAAUAAUAGAAAGUAUACUAUUUAUGUAAUAUUACGUAAUUUUUAUAGAUUACUAUGUACAAUCAUAUUAUUUUGGGUGCCUUUUUAUGUUAAAUAUUUUAAAGAUGUGGCCCAUUAUUGCCCUGGGUGUGGUAAAAGACUUGGUGUAUUUUAUAGAAUAUAAUAAUUACUUGUAAAUAUAAUAAUAAUAAUAAUUCCUUUCGUUUGUAAAGGCCAAUGACAUAGAACUAUCAUUAUUUGUGCCACUUUCAUUUUAUAUAUAGGACGUCAUAAUUUAUAUAUAAAAUUUAUUUCUCAUUUUACACGUGUUAAAAAAAAAAAA